UGACCUCUGACCCCAGUGUUUGAGCGUUCCAUACGACUUCCCGUUCCAAACCACGUGUGCUGGCUGUGUGCUCUCUGGCAGCUUGUCCAGGCGGAGGUUCAGUUGAGGGCGGCAUGGCGAGUCAGGGGCACUGCCUGCGCUUCGAGGGCUGCAAUUUCCUCAGGCAGCGACUUGUACUCUCCACCCUGAGCGGGAGGCCGGUGAAGAUCCAGGGAAUUCGGCUGAAGGAUGAGAGCCCCGGGAUCAGGGAUUUUAAAGCAAGCUUUAUUAGAUUAUUGGACAAAAUAACCAAUGGCACACGCAUAGAGAUCAAUGAAACUGGCACAUCAUUGUACUAUCAACCUGGUCUCCUCUUUGGUGGAGCUUUAGAGCAUGAGUGCAACAUCCAACGUUCAAUCGGCUACUAUUUGGAAAGUCUCAUCUGCCUAGCUCCUUUUAUGAAACAUCCGUUAAAAGUGACACUUCGCGGGGUCACUAAUGAUCAGGUCGAUCCUUCGGUGGAUACUCUUAAAGCUACAGCUAUUCCUUUGCUGAAAAAGUUUGGCAUAGAUGGUGAACAUUUUGAACUCAAGAUUUUGAAAAGAGGAAUGCCUCCGGGAGGAGGAGGGGAGGUAAUUUUUUCCUGUCCAGUUAGGAAGGUUCUGAGACCGGUUCUUUUGACAGAUCCUGGCAAAAUAAAGCGCAUCCGAGGAGUAGCAUAUUCAGUUCGAGUCUCUCCACAAAUUGGCAACCGAAUUGUGGAAUCAGCAAGAAGUGUUCUGAAUAAGUUUCUUCCAGAUAUUUAUAUACACACAGAUCAUCUUAAAGGGACAAAUUCUGGAAAGUCGCCUGGCUUUGGUUUAUCUCUGGUGGCAGAAACAACGGAAGGAUAUUUCCUAAGUGCUGAACUUGCAUCAAACCCUCAGGGGCAGGGUUCUGUGGUGCUACCUGAAGAUCUGGGGAAGAACUGCGCUAAGCUUCUUUUGGAAGAAGUAUACAGAGGAGGAUGCGUGGAUUCAGUGAAUCAGAGCUUAGUUUUGCUGCUUAUGACCCUGGGGCAGCAAGAUGUCUCCAAAAUCUUGCUUGGACCUUUGUCUCCUUACACAACAGCAUUUCCCAGGCGGAGUCUGAGAAUGUGAACUGUCCUUUUUCGGUUAUCAUGGUACCGGUGCUGUAUAUGUAAUUGGUACAGUACUGUGAUAACUGAAGAAUGGUGGUGCCAUCGAAAGACUGACUGCACCUGGUCUCUUUGAACAGAAUACAAACCUCCAUAGGAAGCCUCAGGCUGCAGCAUGUCAAUCUAAUCGUUUGAUCUCUCCUAUUGAAAAAUACUAGUUUUAUAAUGUGCUCAAAGCCAUGGUGUUUUCUUAAAUUCUGAAAUGUAGCUUUUUGAUAAGUGGCUAAAUCCAUAAAGCUGGCAGUUCUGGCUGAAAGCUGCAUAGUGUUGCCAAGAAACUGAAGGAGGGAGUGUCCUGUUUUGCUGAAAUGGGGAAUUCAUUUUUUCACUCUGUUUUCCUGUGUGUUUGGCAGGAUUGAGUUUUUGCGGCAUUUGAGGAGCUUUUUCCAGAUCAUGUUUAAAAUUGAAAGCAAGACGUACGAAGAGCGUAAAGGAGCAGAGAAA